AUGUUCCAAGCUUCUGUCAAUCUGUUGUUCAGCAUGCGGAUGAUGGAAUUCUGGGCCAAAAUAUGCAUUCUGUGGGGAAUGUCAGCUGCUCCUGCCUUGAUGGUCGUCGGCCUGAUCCCAACGACAUUUGCCUCAAGUCCUUUAGGAAAAGAAUUUGCCAUAGCUUUCAUGCAGAACGGCUUGCAACGAACAUCUCAGGGGGAUUUCAAGCUGAUCAUCUCAGGCUAUGCUCCUAACACAUCUGUUACUAUCAAUAUGGAACGGCCAGCAUUGAGGGCAAAGACCCAGGUGAACGACGGUCAGUUCCUGUCGGUGACAAUCCCACAUGAAGCAGAGAUGGUUGGAACUGAUUUAUUUGACAACGCAGUCAUUGUCCGGGCUGACAAAGAUAUCUCCAUCCUCUCAGUCAAUAAGAAACCUAGCUCAGUGGAUACGACCAUUGUCUAUCCGGUGACAACCUUAGGAACUGAGUAUUACAUCAUCACUCCAACUGUAGGUACAGAUCGCUAUGGAGAGUUUGCCAUUGUCGCCUGGGAGGAGCCCACAUCCAUUGACGUCUACCUGAAAGGGACUGUGACAUUUCAGGGGAAAACAUAUUACCGUGGGAGCAAGAUUUCCAUUGCCCUUAAUCCUUACCAAGCUGUCCAGCUACAAAGCGAGGUGGAUGUCUCUGGUACAAAAAUAGUCUCUCAGAAACCAGUGGCUGUUUACAGCGGCCACACAUGCAUCACUAGAAAAAUCUCUUGUGACCACGUUUCUGAGCAGCUGUUGCCUGUUUCUGGAUGGGGUACCAACUUCAUUGUCCCCUCUCUUCCCUUUGACACAGAGCAUGACAUAGUGUAUGUUUCCACGUCCCAAAAUGCUCGAGUUGAUGCUCUGACAGGAAUGAGGAAGAGCAGCAGGACUGUGGUUGGUGCUCAAUCAAUGUUCUAUGGCAUUCAAGGCUCAACCGCCAUGUCCCUCUCAGCUAGCUCAGGCAUUCAAGUUAUCUUCUUCUGUGAUGGUGGCACCCAUGGCCAUCUCCGCUAUGACCCUUUCUUCAUGGCAAUCCCUCCAGUCACUAGUUACUGCCAGGCUUACAACAUCUAUGGGCAGGACCAAUUUGAGAACUAUGCUCUGAUCAUUGCCAAAUCAUCAGAGACUUCUGGGAUCACCUUGGACAAGCGACAACUGAGAAAUCUCCAGUGGAAACCAAUUCCUGGCACUGAAUUCUCCUGGGCAUCACACAGCUUAGGCAGCAGAUACACAGUGCAUAAAAUGGAGCACCCCACCUCCCCUUUUGGGCUGCUAAGUGUUGGGGUUGGACUUGAGAAGGCAUAUGGCUCUCCAGCAAUUUGUACAAAAGAUCCCUGCAACGAGCUGCAGUGCCGAGCAAAGGAAACAUGCAAAGUGCAGAAUGGUCAAGCAAGUUGCAUCCCUGAGUACAAAGGGACCUGUCAAGUCUCUACGUCCCAUAAUGUUCAGACCUUUGAUGGACUCGCCGUAGACCUCCAAGACCCUUGCUCCUACACUGUUGUGAAGGCCUGCAGUAGUGACUCCAACCUUGUACCUUUCAUAGUUGAAGAAAAGAGCAGCAACACAGAGGGUGAUGCUGCCUUCAAGAUGCAGCUUACCCAUAUCAAGGUCUAUGAUUACAACAUCACCAUUAGCAGGGGAGAAGGUGCCCAAAUCAUGGUAAAUGGUGCAGUGGCCAGCCUCCCAGCCACCCUGCAAGAUGGGAAAAUCAAACUCUCCAAGAAUGAUGGAAUGCCCACCAUUGAAACAGAUUUUGGCCUCCAGGUGAUGCACGACAAUAACUUCACAGUCGUGCUGACCCUCCCGAGUAGCUACUAUGGAGCCACCUGCGGACUCUGCGGGAAUUUCAACAAAGAGAGAGAUGAUGACAUGACUUAUCCCAAUGGCACUCAAGCCUCUUCCAAUACAGACUGGGUCAGCAGUUGGGAAGUCCCGGACAGUGCCUGCUCAGCCUGUGACGAGAGCCAGGAGGAGCUGUACAGUCAUGAAAAGUAUUGCGGUGUGAUCAGCAAAGUUUCAGGAGGACCCUUCAGAGACUGCCACUCCACAGUGAGCCCUUCUGAGUACUUCAAAGAAUGCAUCCUUGAAAUGUGUUUAAACAAAGGGGACAAAGACACGCUGCAGCAAAUGGUGGAGGCCUAUGCCACUGCUUGCCAGGAAGCAGACAUUACUGCAAUUGACUGGAAAAUGCUGUAUAGCUGUGGAAUGCUGCACCCUGUCCGCCAGAUGAAUGAGAGUCCCAUCCCAGGAUCAACACUGACUUCUAUCCAGAGACCAACAGGAACUUUGCUGUAUCCUUAUGGGACAUCUCAAGGCGACAGCAAGAAUGAGAAAUCAGAUGAUGGAGCAUCUGCAGGGAUCACCAUUUCUGUUCCUUUCACCUUCUAUGGCAAGCCAUACCGCACCCUCUAUGUAAACAACAAUGGUGUGGUCUCAUUUGGUGUGAGAGUCUCACAGUUCACACCUAACCCUUUCCCACUGGAUGGUGGGUCACCCUUUGUGGCUCCAUACUGGGGUGAUGUUGACAAUGUGAAAGGUGGGGAUAUUUUCUGGAGGCAAUCUCAGGAUCCCAGCUUGCUUAGGUGGUGCACUGAAGACAUCAAUCGGUACUUUCCUGGGAUCCCAUUCGCUGCUGCCUGGGCCUUUGUCGCUACCUGGGACCGUGUGGCCUAUUAUGGGUCUACUUCAAGCAAGGUCAACACCUUCCAGGCUGUUUUGAUCACCAACAGGCGAAUGUCCUUCAUCAUGUUGAAUUAUGCUGGCAUCCAGUGGACCACGGGGACAGCAAGUGGUGGGAAUGAAGCCACAGGCCUCGGAGGAACCCCAGCACAGGCUGGAUUUGACAGUGGAGACAAAACCAAUUACUAUACCAUCCCUUCUUCCCGAACCCCUGAUAUCAUCAAUAUCGGGAGGACCACCAAUGUGGGGGUGCCCGGGCGUUGGGUGUUCCAAGUGGAUAGAUCUGUGGUUCCAGCCUCCGCAGAGAGAGUUGAAUGUCCACUGUGAGUACAUG